GGAGCAUGCACGAUCCCUGUGCUGUCCUGGAAUCCCAGUCCUGAGGAAAUCAACGCCGCCGCCGAGAGGGCCAGACAGUUCCUCAGGGAGAAGCGACACAGCGACCUACGCAGAACCAGGAGAGACACGGGAGGUGGAGCCCCGGGAAGGUCCAGCGGCUGCCCCUUCGCCGCCCAGCAGCACGGCCACUCUCGCCGAGCAACGGGGGCGGCGGUACGGCACGCAGAGGUGGCCCGGCUGUUCGAGGAAACCACCAGGCAGUUGAUGAGGAGCGGUGAGGAGGCCCGGCAAGACGCCAGUUCUCUGGCUGGCACGAGCGUUUCUGGAACAGCGCUGGCAGAUGCCUGCCCGCAACCAAACCUGGCAUGCAAUGCCAACAAGAGGUACCGCGAAGCCGACGGCAGCUGCAACAACCUUCGGAACCCGGGAUGGGGACGGGCAGGCUCUUGCAUGACACGGCUCCUGAGCCCCGCCUACAGCGACGGCGUGAGCAAACCGCGAGUGGCUGCAGACGGCAGCGCGCUGCCCAACGCGCGCAAAAUAUCGUACACUGUUCACCCCGACGUCAACAACCCGGCCACUGACAUCACGCACAUGGUGAUGCAGCUGGGACAGUUCCUUGACCACGACUUCGCCCUGGCACCACUGGAACCGGAUCCCCAGGAAAUUGUAAACCUCGGAAAUCCCAACAAUGUGAUCGACUGCUGCUCCCCCUCCACGACUAGCAUGGCCGAGUGCUUUUCCAUCGCCAUCCCAGCCGACGACCCGUUCUUCGCCGCCUUCGGGAAGACGUGCAUGAACAUGCCCCGCUCGGCGCCUUGCACCCGCUGCACACUUGGCUACCGUGAACAGCAAGAUAUUCUCACCUCGUACAUCGACGCGUCACAAAUCUACGGCAGCAGUCAGAAUGACACAAUGCGGCUGCGACUUCUUCAAGGAGGUCUGCUGAAGUAUCAACAAACCCCACAAGCCGGCACGCUUCUGCCCCGAAGUUUUUAUCCCAACAUGGACAGGUGCAGCGACCCACAAAGGAGCCGGUACUGCUUCCGAGCUGGGGACGAGAGAGUCAACGAGCACCCUGGCCUGACCUCUGUCCACACCGUCUGGCUUCGGCAUCACAACUUGCUCGCGCGGUACAUUGGGCAGUACGUGAACGCGAACGACGAGACGCUCUUCCAGCUGGUCAAGCGUAUUGUGGAGUCGCAGUUCCAGCACAUCGUCUACAGCGAGUGGCUGCCGGUGAUAAUGGGGCCGGAUGCGAUGAGCAGCUAUCAGCUGACGCCCAAGACGUCCGGAUACACUGCGUACGAUCCCAGCGUGGACGCCACAAUGAUCAACGAAUUCGCCGCUGCGGCGUUUCGUCUGGGCCACACACUCAUCAACGGAAGUUUCCUGCUCGACACGGUGAACGGGCUCUUUACGUUCGAUCUCCAAGAGAAUUACUUCUUCCCGUUCAACUUCUACAACGGCGACCUCGACGACGUCAUCCUAGGGCUUGUUAAGCAACGUGCUCAGACAUUUGAAAAGUUUGUGACGACUGGUGUGACUCGACACCUGUACCGGCUUCGCAACGAGAGCUUCGGACUCGACCUUGUCGCCCUCAACAUCCAGAGGGCCCGGGAGCACGGAAUCAGGCCCUACGUGGAUUAUGUCAAGUUUUGUGGCAACAUCGAUAUUACUUCUUUCGACCAACUGAAGCAGUACAUCGACAACAACGUAGUCGAAUUGUACAAGCAACUUUACAAGAAUGUCCGUGACAUCGACCUCUUCACGGCUGGCAUCUCGGAAUUCUCCGUCAACGGAGGAGUCGUGGGCCCCACCUUCGCCUGCAUUCUGGGAAAUUUAUUCCGCAGGACAAAGUACGGCGACCGCUUCUACUACGAACACGGAGGACAGGCCGGCUCUUUCACGUCAGCACAGCUGAAUGAAAUCCGCAAGACUACUUUCGCCAGGAUCUUGUGUGACGCAAGCGACAGCAUUCAAUCGCUACCAAGAAAUGUUUUCCGUCCCGUUGGAUCAAGCAACCCGAGCCGACCUUGCACAGUAAUGCCACGAACGGAUGUAUUCAAGUGGCUUGUGCCCCGUAGGAGGCGUUACUGAGGACAGAAGGGGAUGGCUGGACCCCCACUGGUGUAACUCUUUAACCGUGUCUGCCCUCGUGGCCGCAUCUGGAAAUGGACGAGCGCAUGCACUCGCUCUUGUGUGACGUGGGCUGCUCGCAGUUGUGAUGAUAGCGUGCCUUUCUUUCGCGCGGCCUUGCAUAACCUGCACGUACUACAUAACGAACUAUUAUGUGGCAUCAACAGAAGUACCCAACCAUACCGACAUUAAGAGCACCCUUUUUAUGCAUGUCUUGACAGUUUGCACGAGUGUAUGCAUGGUGUGACAUCAUGACCCCACUGAAAGGUUCCGCAUAACAUUCAAUAACCACAGAUGUUACUCCAACCAUGGGGAUUUUUGAUGAUAUCCUCAUAAAACUGUAAAGCUGUCACGUAAGUCAAUCGCAAGAUAUAUUGGAUUAUUGAAAUAUAUAUGGGAACAUUUCAGUGGUUUUGCCUGCCCAACAGAGUUUCGUUUGUGCAUCACCUGCAUGAUGUGUUCCUUCAAUAGCACUGAAAUAUUUGAAAAAAAUAGCGCACAUAAGCAUGUACGCGGCCCAGAACGACAGCAUUAGGAAUGGUACAUAACAAAUUUUCUUUUGAAAAUUUUUGUUAUUCAGAAGUUCCAUAUGUUUCGCAUUCAUGUUAUGGAAAUGAAAAUGAUUUGACGCAGGUGACACAUGAUUCUUUUAUAAGCUAUGGCUUGGAAAGCAGGCUAGGCAUGUUUUAAUAAUAGGGUUUUGAUUGUUUCAUUGCUCCUAGGCAAUUGUAGAAAGGCCUUUUUGUUGCGUGCGUUUU